ACAUUUUGGACCUUAAAUAUAAUUCUAUAAUCCAUACACACUAAAAGAACACAAAUAAAGAAAAAAAAAUAUUACAGUAAAAUGCACUAAUGUAGAAAAUAAUUGAUUUUGUUGUAUCGUUAGCUUUUUUGUCAAUCUAGUUGUUAUUAUUAUUAAUGAUAAAUUAAAUUUAAUAACAGUUGUGAAUAAAUGAACUUUAAAUGGGGUGCAGACUUUCAGAAGGUCAUUGUAUGGACAUACAUUGGGUGCAUUUUGGCCACAUUUCCCAUCUUGAUCAUCAUAUCCAACCAGAUCCAGCAGUCUUAGUCAGAUAUCCGUGAUUUGUGUUGGAGCAGCAGGAAUCUCUCGGUGUCAGCCUGUAUCUCAGCGCGCGCUCACGCGUUUUGGCACACUUUCCUAGUUGUAAACCCGAUCGCAUGCGCGCCUCCGUCCCAUCCCAGCAGCAUCGAUCUCCUCAUGAUCCCGGUCUACGCAACGAAACCGUCUCUGGAGCCGGCUGCUGCUGCUGCUGCUUGAGCUGCUGCUGUCCUCUCUGUGGAGGAGAACCUGCGCACGUCCACUGCGGACCGGCUGCGCUGACCGCGCGCUCGUUUCUUUGCAGCGCGGCGACACAAACCUGCUGCCGCCAUGGCCAAAAUUGUCACAUCACCGAGCGCGACGGCAGCUGAAAAGACGCCCCAGCCAUCCAUCACUCUCCUCCCUGACAAGAAAUCUCCGACAAACGGCCACAGCUCUCCUGCUCGGACAGGAAGGAGUACUCCUUCAAGCUCAGACAAGAAGCCCCACAUGAAUGGAUUUGCAUCUCCCUCACACCUAGCAGCUAACAGCUAUGGUGCCAAACAAGGUGUGGAGGGCUACAUGAAGACGGACGACAGGAUGCGUUUAGCCAAGGAGAGGCGGGAGGAGAGGGAGAGAAGCCUGGCGGCAAGAGAGCAGUUGAUCAGGGAGAAGGAGCGGCGAGCUCGGCUGCAGUACGAGCGCACUGUGGAGGAGCGCUGGAGGCGUCUGGAGGAGCAGCGACAGAAAGAGGAGCAGCGCAGAGCUGCAGUGGAGGAGAAGAGGAGGCAGCAGCUGGAGGAAGAGAGGGAGCGACUUGAAGCCUUGAUGAGGCGCUCUCUGGAGAGGAGUCUGCAGCUGGAGCAGAGGACUAAACGCUGGAAUAGAGGCUGCCCUCCAGGAGCAGGUGACUGUGAGAAUGCCCCACUCCCUUUCUCCGCUGCCUCCGCCUUUUCCCAUGGCAUUGCCUCCCCCCUUCCUGCUGCCAGCGAAUCUGCUCCCUGCAGCCCUCACAGGUCACCUUUCUGCAACUCACUCAACCCUGCAGACCACUACAGAGCUGGAGUUCAGGGAGGCUCUCAGUCCACCCCAAACACUCCCAAGAAAGAGCGCCUGCGAAGAGACCGAAGGACCGCUUCCCCCGGUUGUGGGUCCCCUGGUUGUGGGUCCCCCGUGCGAAGAUCUGAGUCUCCAGCUUGUGUCCCAAAGCAUUUGAAUUCUCCCUCGAGGUUGGCAUAUAAGCCACGCCCCCAGUCUCCAGGCAGCCCCCACCACUACCAUCGCUCUCCAACGAGACACCUGGCAAACGCGUCAGCUGAUGAUCGGAGGGAGGAGCACAAGGAAAGAAAAGGUGGAAAGAGCAAAGCAGAGAAAAUUAGCGCUGAGGUCAACAGCUCAAACUCAUCUCUGCAAGCUCAAAAAAAUGGCAGUUCUGAAACCGCCAAAUCCAAAUCUGGCAAAACCGAACAAUGUGACAAGAACUUCAGCGUGGAUAAAAGUCAGUCUCCGGACAGAAGGAACCAGACAACCAUAAAAGUGGAUUCUCCUGGGAAAAAGGACGCCGACAAAAACAAAGAUUCUCCACCAGUCACCCCAUCGGGGAAGUUGGUAGGCGGCACCACGAACGCCGAGGAGGCCACCAGGCUGCUCGCUGAACGCAGGCGUCAAGCUCGAGCCCAAAAAGAAGUGGAGGAGAAACAGCGGAAGAAAGAGGAAGAAGAACGAUUGAUGGAGGAGAAGCAAAAGAAGAAACUCGCCCUGCAGCAGCAGCAGCAGCAGGAAGUGAAGGCUCGUCCUACGGAAGAGAGGAGGAACAACGUGAAAGAACCAAACGGCCAGAGAAAAGAGGAGAACACCAAAAAAGGGGAGCAGCAAAAGGAGCUAAAGAUCCAGGAGGACACAGAGAUUGACAAAGUCAAGCCGCAGCCUCAAGGAGGCGUGGAGCGCCAGCGACAAGACAGGGAGCUGCUCACGCAACAAGAGGAGGAGCAGAGGCAACUCAGAAAAAAGAGAAUUGAGGAAAUCAUGAAGAGAACCCGGAAAGGUGAAGCUGACAUGAAGGAGGAGCAGGUGGAGACACAUGUCACAGGGGACGUAAAGACUAAUGCUGAGGUGAUCAAGCAAGAGAGCGUAAAGGUUGAAUUUCAGGUUCAGGCUGAAACAAAACGGGGUUCUCCUCUGAAGAGAGAUGCAACAGCUCUGGUGGAGAGUAGAGAGGAAAAGAUUCUCCAUGUGGCUCCUGAAAAGAGGCCAGGCAAACAGCAGGGAGAGCAUGGCAGGCAGUUUGGGAGAGAAACCUCGCCAGCUGGUGCUGUAAAGCAGCCGGUGGACAUGAAUGAAAACAAGCAGCACAGAGAAAACACGAAGCGUAAGGAGCCUGUGAAGGCGACCAAUGCUAACCAAAAUGAGGGGGGUGCUAACUCUGUGAGCAACCUUCUAGGGGGCAAAAGCUUCAAUGCACAGGUAUCAGCUGUGGGGAAAGUCAAAGAGGGAGACAAGGACAAGGUGGAGGUGGUCAAACCCUCUGAGAAGUCAGUGGAACACUUACCCCCUCCAGUUAUCAAGCUGGAGCCUCUGGAUGUGAAGCGCUCGAGCUCCUGUGAUGACGUGCAGUCAAUGGAGGUCAGUCCAGCUUCAAAGGAAGAACUGAUCUCAAUCCCAGAGUUCUCGCCCAUCAAUGAAAUGCAGAACAUUGUGCUGAACGACAACCGGGCUCUGGAGGAACUCAUGGACCUGACAGGAAGUGCCACGUACCCCAAACAGGCCUCCGACAGCAGCAUUGGUGACUGCAACAAGAACCUGAUUGAGGGUGUUGUCAGUCCCAUGUCAGACUCUUCAAAGCACCUGGUGGUGAAGCCCCCGUCUCCGAAUACUCUCAGCAUCCAGUAGCUCACCGGUUCCCAUUUUUGCUGCUCGGCUCGUCUGUCUUUCUUCAUCACUUCUGCACACAGACACACAAGGACCAUACAUCAAUGUCAGUGUGUUCUUGUGUUACUACACUUGCAGGAAUAAAGCCAUAGACAUGGAAUAAACAAAAGAUAAUGAUAAAAAAAACCUCUCAUAUAUACUAACAAGUCAUUUAGCAAAUGAAAUAAUGGAUAAACAUGGGUUUAUAAAGACCAUGAGAGACGCAUCAUAUACAGUAAAAUAAGAUCCUUUAGUGCUACCGAAAAAUACAGCAAAAAUAUAUUUAAUGAGAUUGCUUGGUUGAAAAAUAUUGUAUAUAUUCUUUUUUAGGGUUAGUUUCACUUCUAAGGAAGUAAAAUAACUCAGAACUUACAAAUCAAAAACAUCCCAAAAUGCAGUUGAAUGCAUUGAUGUGAGUCAAAUGAAUUUCUCACUAAAAGAUCAUUGAUUUUAAAAUCUAGUUUUUGAAAGAUGUGAAUUUUUGAGCAGGUGUGGAUCAUUAUGGGAUUUAGAUAAAAAUCAUUUUAAUCUGUCUGAAGGUAAAUUGCAGCUGCAAUACUUCAAAUCGUUGAGACCUUUUGAGAUCCUUUUCUGUAGUUUUUCCUGAUUCUAAGUGCAUGUGCAGGAAUGAGUUUGCUGCUAGUGACCUGGAUUUAAGCAUCAUCACAUCUGUUAGAGAACACAGCAGAUCUGAUCUUCAGACUCAUCUGCAAAUAAACUGUAACACUUGCUAGAAUCAAUAUGUUAGAUUCAGUUUCAGCACAUACCAAAUAUAAUGAAUGUGUGGCAAGCAAAGAUCCAAUUGCUUUGCAGUUAAAACAUUUGAUAAAAGACAGAUUUGUUUAUGCUCACUGUUGAAGAAGUCUUUUGCAGAUUGAGAUGUUGGAAGAAUAGUCCAACUUUUUUUCAGCAAGGAUCUUCUUAAGAAAGUCCUAAAUUAAAAACAGAACUGAUUCAAUCACUGUGCCUGUUAAUAUGCAAAAGAAAAAAGGUUAGCUUUGUGAGGAAUUGAGCAGAUGUCUUUAUUUUCAUUGAGACCUGAAAACAGUUUUUGUGAAACUUUUAUUUAUUUUUUUUUAUUUUCUGAAGAAAAAAUGACUUUCUUUGGACAAAUACAUCACAGAAUCAAGCAGAAUCAACACAAGAGAGUUUUAAAGGAAUAGAAUAGCAGAGAAUAUACAUUUCAAAUAAAGGAUCUGCAUCCCGCUUUGCCUUGAUUAAAUGUGAUUUAACCAGGAUGGUAGAAUUCUAGAUAUAUAUAAAAAAACAACAAAUGAACGUGAAAGUUUCACACAACUGGUUCUAGCAGUCCGUGUCUGCUUAUCCUAAAUAAUUAUAGUGUACCACUGUCAUCAAAACUCUUCAAAUAAUGCAAACACUGUAAACUGCAUGCUCGGCAUGGUCAUUACUUCAUGUUCGAAAUCAAUAAAAAGGAAAAACUAAGAAUUUGCCAUUUUUUUGUAUGAAUGUGAUCAAACAGUUCAGAUGUUCAUUUAGGAAUGAGGUCACACAAUGUAAAAACAAGAAAAUCUUACAAAUGUAUGGUACAACGUAGACAAAUCUGAGAAUUAUAAAUCAAUUUCCCCUGGAAGCAUGAACUUGUGCUCACUCUCUUGUGCUCUGAACUUGAACCUGAAUCAAAUAAAGGCAACUUAAGAAAAUA